AUGCAGAACAAGGAGGAAAAUGCAGUCAUCACAACAGCAGAUAAUAGACGAGUAGAUCGUCCAGCCGAGACUCGAAAGCUCAACUGGAGUCGCUACACCCCUUGGUAUAGGAUUUCCUCCUCACCACACUCCACCUUCACCCUUCAGCCUUGGCUGCCAACCUCCUGGGCCCGCCGGAGGAUUAGCAGCCCGGUCUGCUGCCUCCCUCCUUGCAGAAGAAACGGCGCUUCCGACACCGGCUUUCCAAGCCUCGGGUUAUGGUGUGCCCACCACGUGUUUCUGGAGGCUCAGGAGAGUCCACCCAGCCGUCUGCAGCUCCCACGCCGCUGCCCGUCUCUGCUGGGGGCUCUGGUGAGUCCAUCUAUCCACCCGCUGCCUCCAUGCCGUCGCCACCAGCUCAACCACCAGCUCGACCGCUUGUGGCUGCCAUGCCAUCGCCUGGUCCAGCUCCAUCUCCGCCAGAGGUCAGUGCGUCCGCGCAUCCUGCUUGGCCACUGGACCUGCUUUGCCUGCACCGCCGCCGCUUUCCAAGAUGUCGGCCGCCUGAACUAUGUUGCUUGUGGGAGCCCCCCUGAAGUGCAUCGUUUCUGCACGUGGUCUUUCAACCGACCUCCUGAACAGUGUUUGGUUUUAGACUCUUGUUCUCUGGUUUUGAACUCCUGCUCCUUCGUUUUUUUGUUUUUUUUUUUUAAAUCUUAAACCCUGUCCCUGCCCUGAGUGUCUGCAUUUGGCUCAGUUUGCCGCAGACUCGUGACAACCCUGAGUAAUUAUUGAUCCAACAUUUAUAGAAAUUUAAAAACUUUAUAUUAAAAUCUCUGAGAUUGCAAUUCAAUUCUUGCUUUAGUCUCAGGAAAGCCAUGAUGUUUGCUGCUCGACUUAGCUUACAUCACCCUUCACAGUAACCUGGCGUUUUAUUAGUUAUUUAAUUUUUUUAUGCUUUCUAAUUUUUUUGUAUUAUAGCUGCUUUGUGAG